AAAGGAGGAGGCAUGGGGAGAGAAGGAGGAAUGGAGCGAUAGAAGGGCAAGCGCUCACACCGGAAGCGGUUGCCUAGGACGCUGUUGCCUGGAGACUACUGCGCGUGCGCGGCGGGACCGGGCCUGCGAUGGAGGAUGCGUUGGAUACGGAGACCCAACGGGUUGCAAAGACUGGCCGUCGAGCGCGGCAGUCCCAGGACACCGUAGGCGCGGAGGGCCCCCCAAGCAAACCCACCCGUCGACAGGGAGGAUGGGCAGAUGACACCCCCCGCCUCUCCAAAUCUGGUCGAAAGGUGUCGGAUGAACUCGAGGACAACCGAUUGAGGCCCCAGAGCCCUGAGGACUCAGAUGAUGAUGGAGACAUCCCUGUCAUUCCGGACCUGGAGGAGGUACAAGAGGAGGACCUGGCCAUGCAGGUGGCUGCCCCUCCCAGUGUCCAGGUGAACCGGGUGAUGACAUACCGUGACUUGGAUAAUGAUUUAAUAAAGUACGGAGCAUUCCAGACCCUGGAUGGAGACAUUGACCUGAAGCUGCUGAGUCAGAUGCUGUCGGCGGAACAGGAUGUCCGAGAGGAGGAUGAAUGCUGGAGCUGGGACCAACUCUUUACAGAAGUAUCCUCAGAACUACUGACGGAACGCGAAGAGCGCAGUGGGCAGGACGAGGAGGAUCUGAGGCUGCUGACAGCUCACUCCUGACCAGGAGAUCACGCAGGCCUGUCUUCUGUGGCUUCCUCUGUGUUUGGGGCUUGCCUCUGACUUCAUGUUCUAAAGCUGUAAAAUAAGAAUUUGCUUUUAUACCUCUUAUCUUCUUCUACCGAUCUGCUUCUUUGCUUGUGUUGUGGUUAGUGAAGGGCUGGCUUGGUGUCUAUCACAGUGUAUUCACUAAUUGCACUGUGUAACCAGCCUCUCACACAGACACAUUCUCAUCGACACCACUAAGCAUAAUUACACUGAAUGUGUGUGUUAAGAAACUGCAGGAGUAAACAUACCUUGAUGGGAGCUAUUUACAGGCCUCCGAACAGGAGCCAGAAUGUAGGGUACAAAUUACAACAGUAGAUAGAAAAGGCAUGUUCAAAAGGGCAAAGUUACAAUAUCUUUGAGGAACUUCGAUAUGCAGGUAGAUUGGGAAAAUCAGGUUGGUGCUGGAUCCCAAGAGAAGGAAUUUGUAGAAUGCCUACAAGAUGACUUUUUAGAGCAUCUUGUUGUUAAACCCACCAGGGAAAAGGCAAUUCAGGAUGGAUGUUGUGUAAUGAACCAAAUUUGAUUUGGGAGCUUAAGGUAAAGGGAUCUUUAGAAGACAGUGAUCAUAAUAUGAUAGAAUUCACCCUUUAGCUUGAAAGGAAAGGGCUAAAAUCAGAUGUAUCAGUAUUACAGUGGAGUAAAGAGAAUUACUGCGGCAUGAGAGAGGACCUGGCCAAAGCUCAUUGGAAGACAACACUAGCAGGGGUGAUGGCAGAGCAAUAAUGGCUAGAGUUUCUUGGAGCAGGAUAGAUACAUCCCAAAGAUGAAGAAGUAUUGUAAAGAGAGGAUGACAAAGCCACAGCCAACAAUGCAAGUCAAAGACAGCAUAAAAACCAAAGAGAGGGCAAAUGAUAUAGCAAAAAUUAACCAAAGGAUUUGGAAGCUUUUGAAAACCAACAGAUGGCAACUAAAAAAGCAGUAAAAAGAGAAAAGAUUAAAUAUGAAGUGCUUCUUCUUCCAGUGGUAUAAAAGAGAAUACCAAAAGUUUUUUUACAGAUAUGUAAAGAGUAAAAGUGUCAAAAGUGGAUAUUGGACCACUAGAAAAUUACGCUGGAGACGUGGUCAUGGGGGAACAAAGAAAUGGCGGACAAACUCUAAGUAUUUUGCACCAGUCUUUGCUGUGGAAGACACUAGCAGUAUGUCAGAAUUUCAGAAGUGUCAGGGGACACUUAUCUAGCUUCAGAACUUUCAGCUUCCUAAGGACCUUCUUACGAGUAAUAGCAAAUACAAAAUGCAGUUGAUAAGUCACCUGGACCAGAUGGUCUACACCCCAGGGCUCUGAAAAUGGCAGUUGAAGAAAUUGUGGAGACAUCAGUAAUCAUCUUUAAAGAAUCACUACAUUCUGGAAAAUUGCAAAUAUCACUCCACUCUUUAAGAAGGGAGGGAAGCAAAAGACAGCAAUUUAUAGGCCAGUUAGCCUGACUGAAGUGGUUGGGAAGAUGUUGGAGUCGAUUAUAAAGGAGGAGUUUUCAGUGUAUUUGAGACACAUGGUAAAGUGGUCCAAAAGUCACAUGAUUUUCUAAAGAAAAAUUCUUGUCUGACAGAUCUAUUGGAAUUCUUUUGGAGAGAACAGUCAGGAUAGAUAAAGGGGAGUCAGUGGAUGUUGUUGACUUGGAUUUUCAAAAUGCCUUGACAAAGUGCUGCACAUUGUCGGUGACUUGGAUGACAGAAUUGAUUGCUCUGUGGCCAAAUUUGUGGAUGAUUCAAAGGUAGGUGGAGAAGCAGGUAGUGUUGAGGAAGCAGGGAGUCUACUGAAGCAGUUAGAUUGGGAGAGUGGUAAAUAGGGGUUAAAUGGAAUAUAGUGUAGGGAAAUGUAUGGUCAAGCACUUUGGUCAAAGCAAUAAAAGCAUAGACUAUUUUCUAAACUGACAGAAAAUUCAGAAGGUUAAAGAAUAACUUGCAGGUUGAGUCUGUGGUGAGGAAGGCAAAUGCAAUGUUAGCAUUCAUUUUGAGAGGAUUAGAAUAUAAAAAUGGGGAUGUAGUGUUGAGGUUUUAUAAGGCAUUGUUCAGACCGCAUUUGCAGUAAGUAUUGUGAGCAAUUUUGGGCCUCUUAUCAAAGAAAGCAUGUGCUGGCAUUGGAGAAGGUCCAGAGGUGUUUCCAGAAUUGAAAGGGUUAACAUAUGAGUAGCAUUUGAUGGUUCUGGGCCUAUACUCAUUGGAUUUUAUAAGAAUGAGUGGGAUCUCAUUGAAACAUAUUGAAUAUUCAAAGCCCUAUAUAGAGUGGAUGUGGGGAUAGGAUGUUUCCCAUAGUGAAGGAGACUAGGACCGGAGUGCACAACCUCAGAAUAAAGGGGUGUCCCUUUAGAACCAAGAUGAAGAACUUCUUUAGUCAGAGGGUGGAGUAUUUGUGGAAUUUCAUUACCACAGACGGUUGUGGAGGCCAAGUCAAUGGAUAUAUUUAAAAUGGAGGUUGACAGGUUAUUGAUUAGUAAAGGCACCAAAGAUUAUGGGAGAAGGCAGGAUAAUGCGGUUGAGAGAGAUAAUAAAUCACUUAUUGAAUGGCAGAGUAAACUCGAUGGGCCAAAUGGCCUAAUUUUGCUCUUGUGUCUUAUGGGCUUAUGUUCCCUUAUCUACUCUGCUACACACGGGUACACUGAGUGUUUCUGUGUUUAUUGUCUCUCACACACAUGCAUGUACUUAUCUCAUGGUUCCCUCUUCCACACUGCGAGAAAUUUCACCUUGCACAAUCCUUUCCAAAAUGACAGUCCUGUUCCGCUCUCUACCUAGAGCCCCCUUUUGAUCCCCAAACUAAUCCCACUGCCUAGCUCUCUACCCACAGUCUCGUGUCAGUCCCCAAACUAAUCUCUCUGUCCCACUGUUGACCUACAGCCACCUGUUGGUCCCCAAUCUAAUACCACUGACAUGCUUUCUAUCCUACAGCCCUGUGUCAGUCCCCAAACUAAUCCCACAGCCCUGCUCUCUACCUAUAGCCUUGUGUCAGUCCCCAAACUGAUACCACAAGACCUUCCCUCUCCAGGCAACACAUUUUCAAAACUCAGACACAUGCCAUAGCCCAGCUCUUUCCUCACAGCACUGUGUUGGUGUCUAAAUAAUGACUGUGCCCCACUCCAGUUCCCAAACUAAUCCUACCACCCUACACUCUCCUCCCACAGCACUGUGGUUGUAUUCAGACUAAUGCCACACCCCCAUUCUCUCUCCACAACCUAGUGUUGGACCCAAAACUAACCCACUUGCCCCACCAAGUCCGUACAGACCCGUCUGUCCCCAAGCUAAUCUGACUGCCCAUACUCUCUCUGGAGCCCUGUGUUCGAAACCAAACUAAUCCUGCUGCCCAGUUCUGUCAACGCAACCCUGUCUCGGUCCCUAAAUAUUGACAGUAUCCCACACAAUCCAAGUUCAUAUUUUCAAUGAUUUUUCCAAAUCCACCCAACUAUUUCCAGUGUCUCAUUCUCACCCCACACCAUUGUGUUACUCCCCAAAAUAUUCCAACACUCACAUUCUCCCCACAUCCCUGUGUCAGUCCCCAAAUUACACCCACUCUCCUCUCUCUCCAGAGCUGUGGAGCUGUGUCAGUCGCCAAAGUACACCCACUCUCCUCUCUCUCCAGAGCUGUCAGUCCCCAAAGUACACCCACUCUCCUCUCUCGCCCCAGAGCUGUGUCAGUCCCCAAAGUACACCCACUCUCUCUCCAGGGCUGUGUCAGUCCCCAAAGUACACCCACUCUCUCUCCAGGGCUGUGUCAGUCCCCAAAGUACACCCACUCUCCUCUCUCUCCAGAGCUGUGUCAGUCCCCAAAGUACACCCACUCUCCUCUCUCUCCGGAGCUGUGUCAGUCCCCAAAGUACACCCACCUCUCUCUCCAGAGCUGUCAGUCCCCAAAGUACACCCACUCUCCUCUCUCUCCAGAGCUGUCAGUCCCCAAAGUACACCCACUCUCCUCUCUCUCCAGAGCUGUGUCAGUUCCCAAAGUACACCCACUCUCCUCUCUCUCCAGAGCUGUGUCAGUUCCCAAAGUACACCCACUCUCCUCUCUCUCCAGAGCUGUGUCAGUCCCCAAAGUACACCCACUCUCCUCUCUCUCCAGAGCUGUGUCAGUCCUCAAAGUACACCCACUCUCCUCUCUCUCCAGAGCUGUGUCAGUUCCCAAAGUACAUCCACUCUCCUCUCUCUCCAGAGCUGUGUCAGUCUCCAUACUCAUCCCACUGCCGGAAUAGCGCAGGGCAAGGGGCUGUUUGUCAUCUGAUACGGCCGUGGGGAGAGAGUGGGAAUGGGAAGUAUUUGAGGACUGACACAGGAAUUUAGGAAGAGACCUGUGGUUUUGACAUUUCUAUCUAAGGGGAAAGAGACUAUCAACCCUACCUAUGUCUCAUACAAUUUUAUAAACCUCUAAUCGGUUCUCCCCUCAGUCUGUGACAGUUCAGGUAAUUCAACUGUGUCUGGCCUCUCCUUAUAUUUAAUACUCUUUACUCUAGGCAGCAUAUUGGUGAAUCUCUUCAGUAUCCCUUCCAAAACCUUCACAACCUUCCUAUAAUGGGUUGACCAGAACAUGAAACGUGAGGGCAGACUAGCCAAAAAUAUAAAGCAGGACAUCAACAUUUUUUUCAGUUAUAUAAAGAGUAAAAGGGAGGUGAGAGUUGAUAUUGGACCACUGGAAAAUGAUGUUGGUGAGGUAGUAAUGGGGGACAAAGAAAUGGCAGAUCUUGCAUUUGUCAAAUUAUUGGCUAGAAUGGCUAUUUUAUUAAAAUGGAAAGAUGCUCCCACUUUGAUACAAUGGUUCUCUCAGGUGAUGUUAUGUCUUAGUUUGGAAAAAAUUAGAAGUCGAACUUUUGAUCCUAGAUUUGACUUCGAGAAAAGGUGGGGGUUUUUUGCCCAUUAUUAUCAUUUGAUUUGAGUUAAUAAAGAUGGUCCUUUUCUGAUGCUUGGGUAUAUGGAUUUGGUUGGCGGAAUGAUGUCUUUUUUUUAUGGAAGUUUGUAUGGCAUGUAGCUCCAGGUUUGUGCUCCAAAUGGGUUUUUUUCCCGUUUUUUUGUUAGUAGGGUUUUUUUUUGUUUUAGUUAGUAGGGGUUCUUUUUUCUUCCUUUUUUUCCAUAAAAAAAAGCUUUAACAUUUUGGUUUUUUUUAUUAUUAUUGAUAUACUGUUCAGUUUGGUUGAUAGUUUAACUCUUAUUCUACAUAUGGAUAUGUUGUCUUGAUUAUUUUGAUGUAUUUUUCUCUGUUGAUUUUUAAUAAUAAUUAAAAAGAUUUAAAAUGAGAAAUGGCAGAUUAACAUAAUGGGUAC